AUGGAAGGUGGCUCGAAUCGCCCUGAUUUGCGAAACAGGUUUGGUACGACAAAAUUCAAGGAAACAACAGAAGCUUGUGUAAAUGACUUGAGUUGUGAGUUUAAUACUGUGAUGUAUUGUAAUGAUUAUGACUAUGAUAGUCUGGGUGGUGAUGAUUUAAGUUAUGAGUUGAAUACUGAGAUGAUGUCACGGGCAAGGAAUCCUACUCUAAUCGAUGUUACUGCGGAGCUGGCGCAGGCAAUGACACAAAUUGCUCAGUUCAAUGGCAAGGCAACUCCAGAUGAAGCGGAUGACUGGAUUUGCAACCUUGAGAAGAUCUUUGAAGCGAUCGAGUGCACUGAGGGGCAGAAGUUAGUGUUUGCUACAUAUAUGUUGGCGAGGGAAGUUGAGUAUUGGUGGCGUGGGGUGCGGAGAGGUAUGGAUACUCGAGGGGAAGUUGCUACUUGGGAAGAUUUCAAAGCUAGAUUCUUGGAACGUUACUUUCUAGCUAGCGCUAAGCAGCAGCGAAAGUCGCAGUUUCUGGCUCUUCAGCAAGGAAGUAUGUUCGUGCAAGACUACAAAGAGAGAUUCAAGUAUCUGGCUCGUUUCUAUACUCAGAAUAUGAGUGAGGAUUGGAAGUGUAUGAGGUUCGAGCAAGGAUUGCGCCACCAUCUUUUGAAGGCACUUGUUCACCUGAAGAUUAAUGAAUUUCCAGAGUUGGAUGAGUCUGGGCGUGCCAUGAGGAACCAGAAGGGCAACUUUUCCAAGGGCAAGCGGCACAAGAAACCGUACGAGAGGCCACAGCAGUCUAGGCCAGGUUUGUUGAAGUGCUUUGAGUGCGGCGAAAAUCACAUCCGAAGAAAUUGUCCAAAGCUGAGUAACGUCAGGAAGGAGGUGAGAACGUGUUUCACAUGUAACAAGCCUGGGCAUAUCUCUCUUUAUUGCCCUGAGAAGAAGUCAUUUGGUGGAACGCCUCAGAAGUCAACUAAUGGUGGAAAGCCGCAGGCUGCGGGCAGAGUGUUUGCCAUGUCGGGAGCAGAAGCCGAGAAGUCAGGUAACCUGAUACUUGAUACUUGUUCUUUGUUUGGCAGAAAUGUGCAUGUCCUGUUUGAUUCGGGUGCGACGCACUCGUUUAUAUCAUUGUUUUGUGUGGAGAAUCUUGGACUCUCUAUGUUUGACUUGGGGUGCGAGCUUGUUGCCUCUACUUCAACGUCCGGACAAGUUUCAACCAGUUCAGUCUGCGUUGGGUGUCCGAUCGAGGUGGCAGGUCACAAGUCCAGAGUCAACUUGGUGUGCUUAACACUUGAAGGUCUGGACGUGAUCUUGGGGAUGGAUUGGUUAGCUGAUAACCAUGUGAUGAUUAACUGCGGAUGUCAGAGGGUAGUCUUCCAGAAACCAGAAGGCAUUGAAAUGUCAACAUCAAAGGAAGUGGUACGAGAUCUCAAGGGUAGGGCUGUUUGCUUUAUGUUGAUAGUGAAAGAACAGAAGAAGAGCAUAGAUGAGCUGAUAAAUGGAAUACCUGUGGUCGAGGAAUAUGUUGAUGUUUUUCCUGAGGAGGUACCAGGUUUACCGCCGAGUCGUGAAGUGGAAUUUGCAAUAGAUUUGAUGCCAGGUGCAGGGCCAAUAUCAGUAGCUCCGUAUCGUAUGGCUCCAGCGGAGUUAGCAGAAUUGAAGAAGCAGAUUGAAGAUUUAAAGCGGGUUCAGAUGUCAGCUCUGAUGAUCAAAGAGUUAGAGUUGAUAGAGAAGUUGAGGGACAUGAAUCUCGGUGUUCAGUUGGGUAAGGAUCACAUGUGGUGUAGUCAUCUGACAAUUAGAAGUAGUUUCUUGGAGCAAGUGAAGUCAGAACAAGAAACUGAUCUGGAGCUACAACGAAUCGUGGGGUUGUUAGGAACUGAUCAAGCCAAAGACUUUGCUUUGUGCCAGAAUGGUAUUCUUCGCUUUCGAGGAAGAGUGUGCAUGCCGGCAACAACAGAGCUUUGA